AUGCGAACCAGUACUCUUAUCCUCAGUAUCGCGCUGGUCGUCAAAAGUCUUGCCAGUCCAGUCAAGCUUGAUCUCGGAGAUGGUGUUGACUACGAGAUUGGCUAUCCCAUCGUAGCUGGUCAAGUCAACGCCCAGGAGGGCAUUGAUGUCGUCAAGAGGGCUACUACUUCUAUCAAGACCACUUCGACACGAAAGACUUUCACCACAAUCAAGACGACNCUCGACCGCGAAAGCAUCACCCAUCUCGACAAAAAGGCGUCCACUUCUUCAAAGAAGGCUAGCAGUACUUCAAAGUCCUCAAGUACCCAGAAGUCAUCUGCGGCUCCGGCAAAGGCCACCACAUAUCAGCAACGUGUCCUUGUCUCGCAUAACGUCCACCGUGCCAAUCAUUCCGCCAGCAAUAUCGUGUGGGAUAAUGCUCUCGCGUCGACUGCCGCAAAGAUUGCCUCUACUUGUGUGUAUGCUCACAAUACCACAACCGACGGUGGUGGUUACGGUCAGAAUAUCGCUGCUGGACUUGCUGCGGACAACAUAACAGCCGUUAUCACCGAGCUCUUCUACAACGGCGAGGUUGGGUACUUCAAGAACCUAUACGGGCAAGCUCAACCUGACAUGUCCAACUUCGGCAGUUGGGGUCAUUUUUCCCAGAUUGUCUGGAAAGGCACAUCGAAGGUCGGCUGUGCUACCCAGUACUGCCCUAAAGGUCUUGCCAAUGUCGGACCUUACACUCCACCAUACUUUACAGUAUGCAAUUACGGACCACCAGGACAGACAGGCAACGGCGACAGGAUUGAAAACAAGACCCCCAGCGAGACAGGUUUGGAUUGA